UUGAAAUCUUACGGUGGGUUACGUCAUAUUCGUGCGACAUUUCAGCUGUGUUCGGUCCACAUUGACAUCGGGCAAAUGACCUGUGAACGUUUUUGUUUAGUUUUUCACUCGGAUUUUGGUUUUUAAUUAAACCUACGUCCUAUUAAACAUGCAUUUUGAAUUUUCUCGAUGUCUCUGCAGGGUUUUGUCCCGACACGCUGCUCCUUCACGCGUCCUGUUGGGACAGCAUAAACAAGCUAUACAAAGUCCCUGGUUUUCACCUGUGGUCACCCUGAAAACAUCUGCUCCACUGAGAGCGGAGCAAAGAAAGAAGAAGAAAGUUGACCCACGGAGGGAACAGAUGGCGAGGGAGCGGCUGAAGAAAAGGCUGAAAAAGAUGGAGAAAGUACCGCCUGAGCUCAUUCCCAUAGAGGACUUUAUGACAUCAACCAAGUGUUUGGACGAAACACGAGUACGCCCUGCUCCAAGGCUUUCAUUCGAAGAGAGUGAAAGUCGAGCUCUCCUGUUGAAAGAAUGGAGUCGAUACAAACAGAAGCAACACAAGGCUGAAGUAGAGGCUGUUGAACUUGCUUUGGAGGCGCAAAGGGAGGCGCUGAAGGAGCUCAAGUUGGAGUCUGAGGAGCUGUACCUGGCAGCACUGGAGCCAGAUCUGCUCCUUUUCCCCUACACUCGUGAAGGUCCUGUCUACUCGCCUCCCAUCCCAAAAUAUGAUGCUCCAGAUGGGAAAUAUAAUGACAUUACUAAAGUGUACACUCAGUGAAAGUCCGAGAACAGCUGCACCUUCUGUAAUAUUUGUGCUGGUUUUAUGUCAGUGAGCUGAGACGCAGCUUUUUGUUAACUUGCAGGUUUGGGUUUAAGGAAAAAUGUUUUUCUUACAGAAACCUCAUCAACUUUGAUGUUUGAAGUCACAUCAGCUACUGUCCAGUGAAUAAUUAUCAUUUUUGACCUUUAUUGCAUAUUGAUAUGCUGUUUAAAUUAAAAAGGUAAAAAUAA